GUUGGUUCUCCCGUGCUCUUUAUAUUCUCUGGCACGUUAUUUACUAUAAUCUACCUGCCUAAAUCUUUUCCAACAGCCUUCUUCUCCGCUAGCUUUGGAGAAGUCACCCGCCUCUUCAAAGUAUAGGUAGUUCUGACACUUGAAGUGUCAAAUCCAUUUGAAGUCACCUGUGGAAAUUGUAGGAGGGAGAGAUGGACUACGUAUAUGGACCAGGAAAGCACCAUCUCUUUGUUCCCGGGCCAGUUAAUAUCCCGGAACCUGUCAUUCGGGCAAUGAAUCGGAACAAUGAAGAUUACCGUUCCCCAGCCAUUCCAGCACUGACCAAGACCCUUCUUGAGGAUGUCAAGAAAAUUUUCAAGACAACUAAUGGAACUCCAUUUCUGAUUCCAACCACAGGUACUGGUGCAUGGGAGAGUGCACUUACAAACACCUUAUCUCCUGGAGACCGAAUCAUUUCUUUCCUAAUUGGGCAGUUCAGUCUGCUCUGGAUUGAUCAGCAGCAACGACUCAAAUUCAAUGUCGAUGUCGUAGAAAGUGAAUGGGGUCAGGGAGCGAACCUAGAAGUUCUGGCUUCAAAACUUGCUGCUGAUACUGCACAUACAAUCAAGGCAAUUUGCAUUGUUCACAAUGAGACUGCAACUGGAGUUACUAACAACUUGGCUACAGUGAGAAAAAUACUUGAUCAUUACAGCCAUCCAGCUCUGUUACUUGUUGAUGGAGUGUCAUCCAUAUGUGCUCUUGACUUCCGCAUGGAUGAAUGGGGAGUGGAUGUGGCUUUAACCGGCUCCCAAAAGGCUCUUUCUCUCCCAACAGGAAUUGGUAUUGUCUGUGCAAGUCCCAAGGCUCCGGAGGCAUCCAAAACGGCAAAAUCAGUCAGAGUUUUCUUUGACUGGGCUGAUUACUUGAAAUUCUAUAAGUUAGGAACAUAUUGGCCCUAUACCCCUUCUAUCCAAUUGCUUUAUGGGUUGAGAGCAGCUCUGGACCUCAUCUUUGAGGAAGGACUUGAGAAUAUCAUCGAAAGGCAUGCCCGUUUGGGAAAAGCAACAAGGCUGGCUGUGGAAGCAUGGGGAUUGAAGAACUGCACACAGAAGGAGGAAUGGUACAGUAACACAGUUACUGCUGUGCUUGUUCCUCCUUAUAUCGAUAGCAGUGAAAUUGUUAGAAGAGCAUGGAAGAGAUACAAUCUAAGCUUAGGUCUUGGUCUCAACAAAGUAGCUGGAAAAGUGUUCAGAAUAGGCCAUCUUGGCAACUUGAAUGAGCUGCAACUGCUGGGUUGUCUUGCUGGUGUUGAGAUGAUAUUGAAGGAUGUUGGGUACCCAGUUAAACUUGGAAGUGGAGUUGCAGCUGCUUGUGCAUAUUUGCAGAAUAACAUCCCUCUCAUUCCUUCCAGGAUUUAAUUGUAACUAUAUUCACCUUUCUCUGUAAAAAUUUAAUCAUCUCCUCCCCUCCCCCAUCUGCUUUGAACUCUCUGCCAAAUUUGCUGCUUAAUACAUAAAACUUCUUGUAUCCUUUAUCUUUUCAAUCCAAUCUACUAUUUUAUAUUCUUUUC